GCCUGGAGUGGGCAAGCCUCGUAAAUAUCACCAUCAACAGGCAACACCUUUUCCUGAAUCAAUUGAUGUCUUGUCCUUCUCCUCCCUCAGUUCCUCUUCACUCCCUUUCAUUCUCCCUCGCCUCACACGCACACGCACACUUGUCAUUCUCAAAACACGCCCAAAUUCGAAUCAAAUUAGGGUUAGGGUUUCCAACUCCCCUCGAAUUAUCCCUGUAAUGCAGUUUAAUUCCCGGGUCCUACUACCAUGGAGCCAUCAGCAAUGUACGGACACUCCCAGCCCCUGAGCAUGCCCUCGCAGAUCGGCGGCGGCGAAAGCGACGACGGCUCCGGAAACGAGCACGCCGUCGACGGCCACCACCACCACAUUCAGUACGAAACGCACGCGCUCGAGGACGGUGCCGCCGUCGUCGUCGAGGAUGUUACCUCGGAUGCGGUCUAUGUCUCCGGCGGUGGAGGCCCCGUAGAGUCCAGCCAGCUUACGCUGUCGUUUCGUGGCCAAGUGUACGUCUUCGAUGCCGUUACGCCUGAUAAGGUUCAAGCGGUGUUGUUACUGUUGGGUGGAUGUGAACUAUCUUCAGGUGGUUCGCCAUGUGUGGAUCCGGGGGCUCAACAUAAUCAAAGGGGUUCAAUGGAAUUUCCUAAAUGUAGUCUACCACACCGAGCUGCCUCAUUACAUAGGUUCAGGCAGAAGAGGAAAGAGCGAUGCUUUGACAAAAAAGUGAGAUAUAGCGUGCGGCAAGAAGUUGCGCUCAGGAUGCACCGUAACAAGGGCCAGUUUACUUCAUCUAAGAAACAAGAUGGAGCUAAUAGUUAUGGUACUGACCAAGAUUCAGGACAGGAUGAUAGUCAAUCCGAAACCUCAUGUACACAUUGUGGCAUUAGUUCAAAAUCCACCCCAAUGAUGCGGCGAGGGCCAUCUGGUCCAAGGUCACUUUGCAACGCUUGUGGGCUUUUUUGGGCAAAUAGGGGUGCUUUGCGAGACCUUUCUAAGAGAAAUCAGGAACACUCUCUUCCACCAGUUGAGCAGGUUGAUGAAGGUAAUGACUCGGACUGUCGGACUGCCACUGCCGACCCUGCACAUAACAAUCUUCCUGCUUUCUCAGAGCAUGAUAAUCCAGCUUUGGUAGCUGAUCAUAAAGUUUUCCAGUCUCAGAAAAUGUUGAAGUAGUUUACUCUGGCAUAAGUAGGUCUAUAGUUCUUCCAUUCAGAUUGACCAAUAGGAAUGUACAGACAUAACAAUACUCCCAUCAAUGCAAGAACUUUGUUUUUAUAUGGUUGGAUCUAUGGCAUUAACCAUUGAUCUCUGGAUGUAUAACCUGAAACUUGAAUGAUGACUUGGUGAUGGUCUCACCCAAUACCUUGAAUUUAAUUUUACACGUAGAUUUUUUGUUCA